UCACGCACGUUGAGACGCACAACGCUCACACUCAUCUACAGGAUGAGGUUUCUUGGGAUGGAGCUGAUGUGUGUUUAUUCCUUUGCGUGUCUAUUAGUGUCAAUAUUAGGUAGUCCUAUGUGUUCAAGUUGGAGGCGAUUUGGACCACUUCAGGUGAACUCGUCAAUUUUGAAUGCGACAUUUGAAACAGUCGACCACGUGGGCCUGCUACAAUGUGUACGAGGAUGUUAUGUGAGGAGUCGCUGCAAGUCCUUUGCUUACGAGACUGAAACAGAAACAUGUUUUCUCAACUCAAAAACUGAUAUGGAGGUUGUAGCGUCUGACAAAGUGAACACCGCAAACACUGUUUACAGCAACAUCGCCGACUGGCCCGGGAGGUUAGCGGGUGUAUGUUACAACCAUACAUGCUCUCAUGACUCCAUCUGUGUCGACAGGAACGAAGUAGCCACAUGCGACACUGUCUACUGUUUCCCCCCGACGUCUCCAACUAACGGCCGCGUACUCCUGGACGGAAGUCCCUUCUACGAACGUGGCCACAAGGUGGAGUUUAGGUGUAACACUGGCUAUCGUGGUGACGGGGAGCUGGUGUGUGGGGAAGCGGGGGUAUGGGAAGACACCGCCAUCUGCAUCCCUCCUCCAGUGACCUGUAAAGAAGUGAGACAGUGCAAUUCGUCCUAUGGGGAUGGUGAGUACUGGUUGCUGUAUAACUCCUCUAGCAAUGUUGCUGUGAAGAUCUAUUGCUGGAAGAUGGAGCUCGGCAACUUUUGGGAGUUUAUCACCUUACCAGAAGAACACAAUUUUGCUCUUUUUCCCACCAGCUGCGAGAAUAAAUGGAAGACUUCGUAUUGUGGACGUACAACCUUUGCCAAGGUCAGAGUUUACCACAAGAAAUUAUCUGGGUCGAAUAGAAAAGACUUUUCAACGGCAGAGUGCUCCGGUGGAAAUGCCCCGAUUGGACGAGCCGGAAGUUGCAGUGAGGAAGAUGCAUGUCGCGACAGAGAACCGGGCUAUUUCAAAAUCAACACGACCGGAACGGGUUUUAUUAUCGACCCGGAUGUGACCUGGAAGGUUACGGUUGGUCACGUGAACGUCACAAGGUCAGAUGACGGUCAAGUGAUUCAUGGCACGUGUCUGAGCAACUGCGGCCAGUGUUAUCCCGAUACUCUAUCCGACUGGUAUCCUUUGUUCUUCAUCCCAGAUCCGAACAACCAGCCCCCGGAAUCGGCUGCGGUAGUCCCCAUCUGCAAAUGAACGGCCGCGGGUGUCACCCUUCCUAUGAAGAAUAUAGAUUUCACCAAUUCCAGUUCAUCUAAGGCAACUCAAUCCGGUUUGCAAAGUAGUGUCCUUUAAGCGUGCAAAAAUCCAAUGAUAUGUCACCCUUCCUAUGAAGAAUACAGAUUUCACCAAUUCCAGUUCAUCUAAGGCACCUCAAUCCGGUUUGCAGAGUUGUGCCUUUAAGCGUGCAAAAAUCCAAUGAUAUGUCACCCUUCCUAUGAAGAAUACAGAUUUCACCAAUUCCAGUUCAUCUAAGGCACCUCAAUCCGGUUUGAAGAGUUGUGUCCUUUAAGCGUGCAAGAAUCCAAUGAUAUUGGAUUGAAAACUCAGAUUCACCCUUAUUGUGAUUUUGAUUAUUAUUAUAGUUAGUGAGUUCCAUACACGUGUUUGUGGUUUUCACCAAAGUGGUAAACGUCUAAGACCUGCAUUAACUUGAAGCUUUCUUCCAUACUAAGUUACCGUGGUAUAACGUGGCACGCUUUUCAAAGUGACGUUAAACCAAAGUCACUCACUCACUCACUCUAUGGACAGGAACCUCCAUGCAUCUACCCAAGGAAGUACGUACCUGGCAACAACACCAGAAUGUUACUUGGGGACCCUUUGGACGGUGUGUGUGUG